AUGGCGAAAAAGCCGAAGCAUCAAGCUGAUGAAAAUUCAUCUAGAAACCUCAAAGGCACACUUGUAGAAAACAGAAGUAUGCCGAGGUUCCAAGAAACAGAAACAUUUGAACUAGCUCUUUUUCAUAUAUUUGUGGCUGCAUCUUCGAAAUAUAUUCUUUCUAUGUUUCCGUAUCCUUCGGGUUCUUUACAUAUGGGCCAUAUGCGAGUAUAUACUAUCUCUGAUGUUACUGCAAGAUAUUUUCGUUUGAACGGAUUUAAUACCAUACAUCCUAUAGGAUGGGAUGCAUUUGGAUUACCGGCUGAAAACGCUGCUCGAGAAAGAGGAGUAGAUCCAAGAAAGUGGACCAUCUCUAACAUUGAGUCCAUGAAAAGUCAGCUGCUACAAACAGGGAUUAUCUUUGACUGGGACAGGGAAUUAUCCACUUGCGAACCGUCUUAUUAUCGUUGGACACAGUGGAUAUUUUUACGACUGCACGAGAGAGGCCUUUUGAGGCGAAACCUCGCAGAGGUAAAUUGGGAUCCCGUAGAUAACACUGUUCUUGCUGCUGAACAGAUUGAUUCAGAAGGUAGAAGUUGGCGCAGUGGAGCGGUAGUUGAAAAACGGAAGUUGCGACAGUGGAUGGUGGAGACACCUCGUUAUGCAAAGCGACUAAGCGAUGGAUUACAACGCCUGAGCGAGUGGCAUGAGGUUGCUGAUAUACAGUCUAACUGGAUCGGCAAAUGUGAUGCUUAUCGGUUCUUAUUUCCACUUAGGGACGAUCAUCAUCAGUCCAUGGAAGAACUGUUGGAUCUACGAGUAGCGGACCCUAUUUCAGUUGCACAAGCUAAGUUCAUUGUCCUCCGCCAUCGUCAUCCGUUGUCUGAUCACAAACGAAGCAACGCAGAUUCACCAUAUUGUAUUGGCGUAUGUGCUCUUAAUGGUAUUUCUGGAGUUUGGAUGCCUAUUGUUGUUGUUCCUGAGGAUUACGAUGGUCCAGAGAUGAAUUUAGAUGCAAGAUGUGGCGAUAUGGUUGCCGAUUCUACUCUUCUGGAGCAAUUUAAAAUCGUGCAGGAUAAGAAGGGGUCGAUGCCAAUGAGUCUCAAUGAUGUGCAAGAAAUUGCUGCGUUUGGUGGAUAUGGUGGAUACAUGACCUCUAGGACACUGCAAGACUGGGUUGUCAGUAGACAACGUGCAUGGGGAACACCGAUCCCGAUGAUUUUGAGCGCAGAUGGCAAGACGGCUGUGCCCCUUGCGGAAGAUCAACUGCCUCUUCUUCAAGGACAGAUGGCUGGAAAAGAAGUUGCCUGUGAUAGGCUGGACGGUGCGAAAGGAUUCUAUGACCCAGACACGUUGGACACAUUUUUUGAUUCUGCAUGGUAUUACCUGCGUUAUCUUGAUCCAACCAAUGAAAAAGCACCACUAUCUCCUGAAGCUGCUACCAGAAUGCCGGUCGACAUUUAUGUGGGCGGAAUUGAACAUGCCGCUGUACACAUGUUCUUCGCGCGAUUCAUCUCGUACUUCUUGACAGAUAUCGGAUUAACGCAGGAACCUGAACCGUUUAAAAACCUUAUACCUCAAGGAAUUGUUCGUGGAAAAACUUACACAGAUUCUAGUGGAAAAUAUGUGCCGAGCGAUGAUGUCAUUAUAAAAGAGAAUAAUUGGUUUGAUAAGGAUGGUCGCCAGCUGAACAUGGUUUUUGAGAAGAUGAGCAAAUCCAAAAGGAAUGGUGUUGACCCGCUUGAUGUUCUGAAAAAACACGGAGUUGAUAUGACUCGCCUUCAGCUUCUCGAUUCUGCAGCCCCACGACAAGCGAUUAAUUGGGAAGAAUCAGACCACAAAGGGCUGAGAAAAUGGUUGGAUCGUGUAGCUUGGAUUGUUUCCGCCUAUGUAGAUGAAAGGAGAAAAGCAAUCGAUACUCGGCAGAAGUCUCGCAUCAACGUCACGCUUGAAAGAAUUUUGCGUGAAAAUUACAAUUUUUUCGUGCGAAAUGUUUCAAUGUGCCUGGAAGUGUUGAACUUACAUAACACUGCUUUGGCUCGUCUCCAAGGGUUCACGAACGCUCUUAGGAAAGUGGAUCCCUCAGUUUUUGGAAACAGUCCAGAAGCGGAGAGGUGUGUCUAUGCUUUGAUUACGAUGAUGCAGGUCUAUACACCAUAUUCGGCUGCUGAAAUGUGGGCGGCCCUUCUUUCUGUCCCACCAAUAAGGGCGUCUCUGAUAUCAUCUUGUCCUCUUGAUGAAGUGCCGUGGCCCCAAGUCGAUUCUGACUGUGACAUUGACUUUAUUCUUGUCGUAAAUGGCGUUGGCUGCGGACGUGUUGCUGUUCCCAGACAAGAAGUCGAACACCUUCCUUUUGAAAAGUUAAUACAACGCGCUAAAACACAGGAGCAUCGAGAUGUCCUGGAGAAACUGAAAGAGAGGGACCUUAAGAUCCAGUCCAUAACGAGCACUAGUCGAGAAGGGUUUCAUAUUACAUUAAACGUGAUCUUGGAAGGAAAUGUCGAUCCUAAGGAUAUUUCCCAAAUCCUUAAUGAUCUCGCCCCAAAGUGGAGAGCGUUAAGCGCGAAAAAGAAACGAGCUCAAGCAUAG